GACAUCUAACAAAAGCAUGGGGUACCUAUCCCAUGUAUUCAUCGCGGUAUGCUUGAUAGCAUUAUCGAGCAAGAGCAUUAGUGGCCAAGUGAACCCCAGAAAUAAUGAUCCCAUGGAAUUUAAUGAAACGGAACAAAGAUUUGCAAACGUUUUUAUAGAUAAUGUGAUAAAUUCGGGUGCAUUCGGCAAAUUAACAGAGGAUGAAAUUUCAGAAGUCACCCAAAUAUUAUUGAAAGCUAUUAAACUCCUGAAGAAGUCUCAGGAUGGAGAUGCAAACCAAAAGAAAACAUUGAUGGUGGCGUUUGCUUCAUCUAUGGCUGAGCUUAUAUUGGAUCGAUGCGAUGCAAGUUUAGGCUUGGAAAAGAAAACAGAUAUAAUUACCGAUGCACUUGAAAACGCUUAUUUAAAGACCACAGGGAAACCUAAUAAAGCCUUAAUAAAGGAAGUGAAAUUUUUGGUUGCACUUUUCCUAACGCUUGAGAGACCAGGUUUCUUGGAUCCUUUGUGGAAUCCUUAUGGAAGAGCUCCACAGUAUGGUUUGCCACCUCCAUUUGGAGUACCGCUCUACCCUACACCGCCUCCUCUACCACCUCCUCAACCGUUUCCUUACGAUCAAAUAAAUAGAGGAAAUUUUAAACUUUAUUACCUGAACGGAACCCAAGUACCUCAAUCAGAGAUUCCAAAUCUCUUUCCGGCAGGGCAAAGACAGCCACGAUUUCCGAGCAACAUCAGAUUCCCUACAAAUCUAAAUCCAUUUUAUCCCGGUCAAGGAGGGAACCCAUACAGACCACGAUAUCCAGGAGGCAGACCAGGUUAUCCAUAUAGACCUCAAUAUGCUGGAGGCAGACCAAAUUAUCCACAAUACCCAUAUGGUCAGAAUCCUUACGGACCAGGUGGCCAACAUCAAUAUCCCUAUGGUCCUGGUGGUCAACCACAAUAUCCCUAUGGUCCGGGUGGUCAACCUCAAAGCCCAGAUGUUCAACCUCAAUAUCCCUAUGGUCCUGGUGGUCAACCUCAAAGCCCAGAUGGUCAACCUCAAUAUCCCUAUGGUCCUGGUGGUCAACCUCAAAGCCCAGAUGGUCAACCUCAAUAUCCCUAUGGUCCUGGUGGUCAACCUCAAAGCCCUGAUGGUCAACCUCAAUAUCCCUAUGGUCCUGGUGGUCAACCUCAAAGCCCAGGUGGUCAACCUCAAUACCCAUACGGACCAGACGGUCAACCUCAAUAUCCCUAUGGUCCUGAUGGUCAACCCCAAGGCCCAGAUGGUCAGCCUCAAUAUCCAAACGGACCAGAUAAUCAACCUCAAUAUCCCUAUGGUCCUGAUGGUCAACCCCAAGGCCCAGAUGGUCAGCCUCAAUAUCCAUACGGACCAGAUGGUCAACCUCAAAGUCCAGAUGGCCAACCCCAAUACCCAUAUGGACCAGAUGGUCAACCCCAAUACCCAUAUGGACCAGAUGGUCAACCUCAAUAUCCAUAUGGACCAGAUGGUCAACCUCAAUACCCAUAUGGACCAGAUGGUCAACCUCAAUACCCAUAUGGACCAGAUGGACAACCUCAAGGCCCAGGCGGUCAACCUCAAGGCCCAGACGGUCAACCUCAAUACCCAUAUGGACCAGAUGGACAACCUCAAGGCCCAGGCGGUCAACCUCAAGGCCCAGACGGUCAACCUCUAGGACCAGACGGUCAGCCACAAGGUCCAGGCGGUCAACCUCAAGGCCCAGACGGUCAGCCUCUAGGACCAGGAGGUCAACCUCAAUAUCCGGGUGGUCAGCCUCUAGGACCAGGUGGUCAACCUCAAGGUCCAGGGGGUCAACCUCAAGGUCCAGGGGGUCAACCUCAAUAUCCAAGUAAAAGACCAUUCGGACCAGGAUCUCAGCCAACACCUGCAGGUCCAGCACCAACCCCAGGCCCAGGAUUACCUGGCUCUCAACCAAUGAAAGCAGGCACAGCACCAACCCCAGAACAGCAAGGUAUAAAUCCAACUCCAGCAACAACCCAAAAAAUUCCACAGCCUGGCGGAGAGCCCAUAAAAGUUCAGCCAUCAAAACCUGGUACAACACCUGGUGUUGUCACAGGACCAUUUAACAAACCAACUAAAGUCAUUUUACCACCUGGAGGAAAAUCAACGCCAGGAACCCUUCCAGGACCAGGCGGGAAACCAAUUGAAGUUCAGCCAGCUAAACCUGGUCAAACACCAGGAGCUGUAACAGGCCCAGAUCAUCAGGUAUCAAAGAUAAUACUGCCCAGCACCAAUGCUGGAAAGACAGGAGCUCCUAGCAAACCACUGUCACAAGGUCAAACCACACAAAUGAUUCCACAACCUGGUAGUCAACCAAUACAAGUAAAGCCUGCGAAACCUGGCACUACACCAGGUGUAGUUACGGGACCAGACCAGAAACCAUCACAAGUUAUCCUUCCACCAGGAGGUGGAUCAACUCCAGGCACUCUUCCAGGACCAGGCGGAAAACCAGUCCAGGUUGAACCGGCCAAACCGGGCACAACACCAGGUGCAAUAACAGACCCAUACGGUCACGUGUCAAAGAUUAUCUUGCCCACGGGCCCAGGAAACGCCCCUCAACCAAUGGGACCAGGAGGUGUUCCUCAACAACCAGGUCAACCACUAGGACCAGGUCAAACCACGCAAAUGAUUCCACAACCUGGUAGUCAACCAAUACAAGUUAAGCCCGCGCAACCUGGCACUACACCAGGCGUAGUUACGGGACCAGAUCAGAAACCAUCGCAAGUUAUUCUUCCACCAGGAGGUGGAUCAACUCCAGGCACUCUCCCAGGACCAGGCGGAAAACCAGUCCAGGUUGAACCGGCCAAACCGGGCACAACACCAGGUGCAAUAACAGACCCAUACGGUCACGUGUCAAAGAUUAUCUUGCCCACGGGCCCAGGAAACGCCCCUCAACCAAUGGGACCAGGAGGUGUUCCUCAACAACCAGGUCAACCACUAGGACCAGGUCAAACCACGCAAAUGAUUCCACAACCUGGUAGUCAACCAAUACAAGUUAAGCCCGCGCAACCUGGCACUACACCAGGCGUAGUUACGGGACCAGAUCAGAAACCAUCGCAAGUCAUUCUUCCACCAGGAGGUGGAUCAACUCCAGGCACUCUCCCGGGACCAGGCGGAAAACCAGUCCAGGUUGAACCGGCCAAACCGGGCACAACACCAGGUGCAAUAACAGACCCAUACGGUCACGUGUCAAAGAUUAUAUUGCCCACGGGCCCAGGAAACGCCCCGCAACCAAUGGGACCAGGAGGUGUUCCUCAACAACCAGGUCAACCACUAGGACCAGGUCAAACCACGCAAAUGAUUCCACAACCUGGUAGUCAACCAAUACAAGUUAAGCCCGCGCAACCUGGCACUACACCAGGCAUAGUUACGGGACCAGAUCAGAAACCAUCGCAAGUUAUUCUUCCACCAGGAGGUGGAUCAACUCCAGGCACUCUCCCAGGACCAGGCGGAAAACCAGUCCAGGUUGAACCGGCCAAACCGGGCACAACACCAGGUGCAAUAACAGACCCAUACGGUCACGUGUCAAAGAUUAUCUUGCCCACGGGCCCAGGAAACGCCCCUCAACCAAUGGGACCAGGAGGUGUUCCUCAACAACCAGGUCAACCACUAGGACCAGGUCAAACCACGCAAAUGAUUCCACAACCUGGUAGUCAACCAAUACAAGUUAAGCCCGCGCAACCUGGCACUACACCAGGCGUAGUUACGGGACCAGAUCAGAAACCAUCGCAAGUCAUUCUUCCACCAGGAGGUGGAUCAACUCCAGGCACUCUCCCGGGACCAGGCGGAAAACCAGUCCAGGUUGAACCGGCCAAACCGGGCACAACACCAGGUGCAAUAACAGACCCAUACGGUCACGUGUCAAAGAUUAUAUUGCCCACGGGCCCAGGAAACGCCCCGCAACCAAUGGGACCAAGAGGUGUUCCUCAACAACCAGGUCAACCACUAGGACCAGGUCAAACCACGCAAAUGAUUCCACAACCUGGUAGUCAACCAAUACAAGUUAAGCCCGCGCAACCUGGCACUACACCAGGCGUAGUUACGGGACCAGAUCAGAAACCAUCGCAAGUUAUUCUUCCACCAGGAGGUGGUACAACUCCAGGCACUCUCCCAGGACCAGGCGGAAAACCAGUCCAGGUUGAACCGGCCAAACCGGGCACAACACCAGGUGCAAUAACAGACCCAUACGGUCACGUGUCAAAGAUUAUCUUGCCCACGGGCCCAGGAAACGCCCCUCAACCAAUGGGACCAGGAGGUGUUCCUCAACAACCAGGUCAACCACUAGGACCAGGUCAAACCACGCAAAUGAUUCCACAACCUGGGAGUCAACCAAUACAAGUUAAGCCCGCGCAACCUGGCACUACACCAGGCGUAGUUACGGGACCAGAUCAGAAACCAUCGCAAGUUAUUCUUCCACCAGGAGGUGGAUCAACUCCAGGCACUCUCCCAGGACCAGGCGGAAAACCAGUCCAGGUUGAACCGGCCAAACCGGGCACAACACCAGGUGCAAUAACAGACCCAUACGGUCACGUGUCAAAGAUUAUCUUGCCCACGGGCCCAGGAAACGCCCCUCAACCAAUGGGACCAGGAGGUGUUCCUCAACAACCAGGUCAACCACUAGGACCAGGUCAAACCACGCAAAUGAUUCCACAACCUGGUAGUCAACCAAUACAAGUUAAGCCCGCGCAACCUGGCACUACACCAGGCGUAGUUACGGGACCAGAUCAGAAACCAUCGCAAGUUAUUCUUCCACCAGGAGGUGGAUCAACUCCAGGCACUCUCCCAGGACCAGGCGGAAAACCAGUCCAGGUUGAACCGGCCAAACCGGGCACAACACCAGGUGCAAUAACAGACCCAUACGGUCACGUGUCAAAGAUUAUAUUGCCCACGGGCCCAGGAAACGCCCCGCAACCAAUGGGACCAGGAGGUGUUCCUCAACAACCAGGUCAACCACUAGGACCAGGUCAAACCACGCAAAUGAUUCCACAACCUGGUAGUCAACCAAUACAAGUUAAGCCAGCGCAACCUGGCACUACACCAGGCGUAGUUACGGGACCAGAUCAGAAACCAUCGCAAGUUAUCGUUCCACCAGGAGGUGGAUCAACUCCAGGCACUCUCCCAGGACCAGGCGGAAAACCAGUCCAGGUUGAACCGGCCAAACCGGGCACAACACCAGGUGCAAUAACAGACCCAUACGGUCACGUGUCAAAGAUUAUCUUGCCCACGGGCCCAGGAAACGCCCCUCAACCAAUGGGACCAGGAGGUGUUCCUCAACAACCAGGUCAACCACUAGGACCAGGUCAAACCACGCAAAUGAUUCCACAACCUGGUAGUCAACCAAUACAAGUUAAGCCCGCGCAACCUGGCACUACACCAGGCGUAGUUACGGGACCAGAUCAGAAACCAUCGCAAGUCAUUCUUCCACCAGGAGGUGGAUCAACUCCAGGCACUCUCCCGGGACCAGGCGGAAAACCAGUCCAGGUUGAACCGGCCAAACCGGGCACAACACCAGGUGCAAUAACAGACCCAUACGGUCACGUGUCAAAGAUUAUCUUGCCAACUGGCCCAGGAAACGCCCCUCAACCAAUGGGACCAGGAGGUGUUCCUCAAACACCAGGGCAACAAACAACUCCACUAGGUGUUCCACAGCAACCAGGACAACCAAUGGGACCAGGGGGUGUUCCAAAGCAACCAGGGCAACCAAUGGGACCAGGAGGGGUUCCACAGCAACCAGGACAACCUAUGGGACCAGGGGGUGCUCCACAGCAACCAGGACAACAAACAACUCCAGCAGGAGGCCCAGAGGAACCAGGUCCUUCUCCAAUGAGCACACCAUCUCCUGUUAAUAAGCCAUCCGCUCAACAAGGCAACCCACAAACUGGAACCAAUCCAUUUGGAGCCCCUGAUGGAAAACCUUCAACUGGCAGCAAAGCAACUGGACAAAAUCCACCUGGAUCUUCUCAGAAUAUUGGUCCUUUACCUAGUUCUACACCUUCACCAAAUGCACCAAUAAGUGGCCCACAAAGUCCAACAGGAAAAACUCCACAGCAACCAGAAGGUGUUCCACAACAACCAAGUCAGCCAAUGGGACCAGAAGGUGUUCCACAAACACCAGGACAACCCUUGGGACCUGGAGGUGUUCCUCAACAACCAGGGCAACAAACAACUCCACAGACACCAGGAAAACCAAUGGGACCAGGAGGUGUUCCACAGCAACCCGGGCAACCAAUGGGACCAGGAGGUGUUCCACAGCAACCAGGGCAACCAAUGGGACCAGGAGGUGUUCCACAGCAACCAGGGCAACCAAUGGGACCAGGAGAUAUUCCACAGCAACCAGGUCAACCACUAGGACCAGGUCAAACCACGCAAAUGAUUCCACAACCUGGUAGUCAACCAAUACAAGUUAAGCCCGCGCAAACUGGCACUACACCAGGCGUAGUUACGGGACCAGAUCAGAAACCAUCGCAAGUUAUUCUUCCCCCAGGAGGUGGAUCAACUCCAGGCACUCUCCCAGGACCAGGCGGAAAACCAGUCCAGGUUGAACCGGCCAAACCGGGCACAACACCAGGUGCAAUAACAGACCCAUAUGGUCACGUGUCAAAGAUUAUCUUGCCCACGGGCCCAGGAAACGCCCCUCAACCAAUGGGACCAGGAGGUGUUCCUCAACAACCAGGUCAACCACUAGGACCAGGUCAAACCACGCAAAUGAUUCCACAACCUGGGAGUCAACCAAUACAAGUUAAGCCCGCGCAACCUGGCACUACACCAGGCGUAGUUACGGGACCAGAUCAGAAACCAUCGCAAGUUAUUCUUCCACCAGGAGGUGGAUCAACUCCAGGCACUCUCCCAGGACCAGGCGGAAAACCAGUCCAGGUUGAACCGGCCAAACCGGGCACAACACCAGGUGCAAUAACAGACCCAUACGGUCACGUGUCAAAGAUUAUCUUGCCCACGGGCCCAGGAAACGCCCCUCAACCAAUGGGACCAGGAGGUGUUCCUCAACAACCAGGUCAACCACUAGGACCAGGUCAAACCACGCAAAUGAUUCCACAACCUGGUAGUCAACCAAUACAAGUUAAGCCCGCGCAACCUGGCACUACACCAGGCGUAGUUACGGGACCAGAUCAGAAACCAUCGCAAGUCAUUCUUCCACCAGGAGGUGGAUCAACUCCAGGCACUCUCCCGGGACCAGGCGGAAAACCAGUCCAGGUUGAACCGGCCAAACCGGGCACAACACCAGGUGCAAUAACAGACCCAUACGGUCACGUGUCAAAGAUUAUAUUGCCCACGGGCCCAGGAAACGCCCCGCAACCAAUGGGACCAGGAGGUGUUCCUCAACAACCAGGUCAACCACUAGGACCAGGUCAAACCACGCAAAUGAUUCCACAACCUGGGAGUCAACCAAUACAAGUUAAGCCCGCGCAACCUGGCACUACACCAGGCGUAGUUACGGGACCAGAUCAGAAACCAUCGCAAGUUAUUAUUCCACCAGGAGGUGGAUCAACUCCAGGCACUCUUCCAGGACCAGGCGGAAAACCAGUCCAGGUUGAACCGGCCAAACCGGGCACAACACCAGGUGCAAUAACAGACCCAUACGGUCACGUGUCAAAGAUUAUCUUGCCCACGGGCCCAGGAAACGCCCCUCAACCAAUGGGACCAGGAGGUGUUCCUCAACAACCAGGUCAACCACUAGGACCAGGUCAAACCACGCAAAUGAUUCCACAACCUGGUAGUCAACCAAUACAAGUUAAGCCCGCGCAACCUGGCACUACACCAGGCGUAGUUACGGGACCAGAUCAGAAACCAUCGCAAGUUAUUCUUCCACCAGGAGGUGGAUCAACUCCAGGCACUCUCCCAGGACCAGGCGGAAAACCAGUCCAGGUUGAACCGGCCAAACCGGGCACAACACCAGGUGCAAUAACAGACCCAUACGGUCACGUGUCAAAGAUUAUCUUGCCCACGGGCCCAGGAAACGCCCCUCAACCAAUGGGACCAGGAGGUGUUCCUCAACAACCAGGUCAACCACUAGGACCAGGUCAAACCACGCAAAUGAUUCCACAACCUGGUAGUCAACCAAUACAAGUUAAGCCCGCGCAACCUGGCACUACACCAGGCGUAGUUACGGGACCAGAUCAGAAACCAUCGCAAGUCAUUCUUCCACCAGGAGGUGGAUCAACUCCAGGCACUCUCCCGGGACCAGGCGGAAAACCAGUCCAGGUUGAACCGGCCAAACCGGGCACAACACCAGGUGCAAUAACAGACCCAUACGGUCACGUGUCAAAGAUUAUCUUGCCCACGGGCCCAGGAAACACCCCUCAACCAAUGGGACCAGGAGGUGUUCCUCAACAACCAGGUCAACCACUAGGACCAGGUCAAACCACGCAAAUGAUUCCACAACCUGGUAGUCAACCAAUACAAGUUAAGCCCGCGCAACCUGGCACUACACCAGGCGUAGUUACGGGACCAGAUCAGAAACCAUCGCAAGUUAUUCUUCCACCAGGAGGUGGAUCAACUCCAGGCACUCUCCCAGGACCAGACGGAAAACCAGUCCAGGUUGAACCGGCCAAAACGGGCACAACACCAGGUGCAAUAACAGACCCAUACGGUCACGUGUCAAAGAUUAUCUUGCCCACGGGCCCAGGAAAUGCCCCUCAACCAAUGGGACCAGGAGGUGUUCCUCAACAACCAGGUCAACCACUAGGACCAGUUCAAACCACGCAAAUGAUUCCACAACCUGGUAGUCAACCAAUACAAGUUAAGCCCGCGCAACCUGGCACUACACCAGGCGUAGUUACGGGACCAGAUCAGAAACCAUCGCAAGUUAUUCUUCCCCCAGGAGGUGGAUCAACUCCAGGCACUCUCCCAGGACCAGGCGGAAAACCAGUCCAGGUUGAACCGGCCAAACCGGGCACAACACCAGGUGCAAUAACAGACCCAUACGGUCACGUGUCAAAGAUUAUCUUGCCCACGGGCCCAGGAAACGUUCCUCAACCAGUGGGACCAGGAGGUGUUCCUCAACAACCAGGUCAACCACUAGGACCAGGUCAAACCACGCAAAUGAUUCCACAACCUGGUAGUCAACCGAUACAAGUUAAGCCCGCGCAACCUGGCACUACACCAGGCGUAGUUACGGGACCAGAUCAAAAACCAUCGCAAGUUAUUCUUCCACCAGGAGGUGGAUCAACUCCAGGCACUCUCCCAGGACCAGGCGAAAAACCAGUCCAGGUUGAACCGGCCAAACCGGGCACAACACCAGGUGCAAUAACAGACCCAUACGGUCACGUGUCAAAGAUUAUCUUGCCCACGGGCCCAGGAAACGCCCCUCAACCAAUGGGACCAGGAGGUGUUCCUCAACAACCAGGUCAACCACUAGGACCAGUUCAAACCACGCAAAUGAUUCCACAACCUGGUAGUCAACCAAUACAAGUUAAGCCCGCGCAACCUGGCACUACACCAGGCGUAGUUACGGGACCAGAUCAGAAACCAUCGCAAGUUAUUCUUCCCCCAGGAGGUGGAUCAACUCCAGGCACUUUCCCAGGACCAAGCGGAAAACCAGUCCAGGUUGAACCGGCCAAACCGGGCACAACACCAGGUGCAAUAACAGACCCAUACGGUCACGUGUCAAAGAUUAUCUUGCCCACGGGCCCAGGAAACACCCCUCAACCAAUGGGACCAGGAGGUGUUCCUCAACAACCAGGUCAACCACUAGGACCAGGUCAAACCACGCAAAUGAUUCCACAACCUGGUAGUCAACCAAUACAAGUUAAGCCCGCGCAACCUGGCACUACACCAGGCGUAGUUACGGGACCAGAUCAGAAACCAUCGCAAGUUAUUCUUCCACCAGGAGGUGGAUCAACUCCAGGCACUCUCCCAGAACCAGGCGGAAAACCAGUCCAGGUUGAACCGGCCAAACCGGGCACAACACCAGGUGCAAUAACAGACCCAUACGGUCACGUGUCAAAGAUUAUCUUGCCCACGGGCCCAGGAAACGCCCCUCAACCAAUGGGACCAGGAGGUGUUCCUCAACAACCAGGUCAACCACUAGGACCAGGUCAAACCACGCAAAUGAUUCCACAACCUGGUAGUCAACCAAUACAAGUUAAGCCCGCGCAACCUGGCACUACACCAGGCGUAGUUACGGGACCAGAUCAGAAACCAUCGCAAGUUAUUCUUCCACCAGGAGGUGGAUCAACUCCAGGCACUCUCCCAGGACCAGGCGGAAAACCAGUCCAGGUUGAACCGGCCAAACCGGGCACAACACCAGGUGCAAUAACAGACCCAUACGGUCACGUGUCAAAGAUUAUCUUGCCCACGGGCCCAGGAAACGCCCCUCAACCAAUGGGACCAGGAGGUGUUCCUCAACAACCAGGUCAACCACUAGGACCAGUUCAAACCACGCAAAUGAUUCCACAACCUGGUAGUCAACCAAUACAAGUUAAGCCCGCGCAACCUGGCACUACACCAGGCGUAGUUACGGGACCAGAUCAGAAACCAUCGCAAGUUAUUCUUCCCCCAGGAGGUGGAUCAACUCCAGGCACUCUCCCAGGACCAGGCGGAAAACCAGUCCAGGUUGAACCGGCCAAACCGGGCACAACACCAGGUGCAAUAACAGACCCAUACGGUCACGUGUCAAAGAUUAUCUUGCCCACGGGCCCAGGAAACGCCCCUCAACCAAUGGGACCAGGAGGUGUUCCUCAACAACCAGGUCAACCACUAGGACCAGGUCAAACCACGCAAAUGAUUCCACAACCUGGUAGUCAACCGAUACAAGUUAAGCCCGCGCAACCUGGCACUACACCAGGCGUAGUUACGGGACCAGAUCAAAAACCAUCGCAAGUUAUUCUUCCACCAGGAGGUGGAUCAACUCCAGGCACUCUCCCAGGACCAGGCGGAAAACCAGUCCAGGUUGAACCGGCCAAACCGGGCACAACACCAGGUGCAAUAACAGACCCAUACGGUCACGUGUCAAAGAUUAUCUUGCCCACGGGCCCAGGAAACGCCCCUCAACCAAUGGGACCAGGAGGUGUUCCUCAACAACCAGGUCAACCACUAGGACCAGUUCAAACCACGCAAAUGAUUCCACAACCUGGUAGUCAACCAAUACAAGUUAAGCCCGCGCAACCUGGCACUACACCAGGCGUAGUUACGGGACCAGAUCAGAAACCAUCGCAAGUUAUUCUUCCCCCAGGAGGUGGAUCAACUCCAGGCACUCUCCCAGGACCAGGCGGAAAACCAGUCCAGGUUGAACCGGCCAAACCGGGCACAACACCAGGUGCAAUAACAGACCCAUACGGUCACGUGUCAAAGAUUAUCUUGCCCACGGGCCCAGGAAACGCCCCUCAACCAAUGGGACCAGGAGGUGUUCCUCAACAACCAGGUCAACCACUAGGACCAGGUCAAACCACGCAAAUGAUUCCACAACCUGGUAGUCAACCAAUACAAGUUAAGCCCGCGCAACCUGGCACUACACCAGGCGUAGUUACGGGACCAGAUCAGAAACCAUCGCAAGUUAUUCUUCCACCAGGAGGUGGAUCAACUCCAGGCACUCUCCCAGGACCAGGCGGAAAACCAGUCCAGGUUGAACCGGCCAAACCGGGCACAACACCAGGUGCAAUAACAGACCCAUACGGUCACGUGUCAAAGAUUAUCUUGCCCACGGGCCCAGGAAACGCCCCUCAACCAAUGGGACCAGGAGGUGUUCCUCAACAACCAGGUCAACUACUAGGACCAGGUCAAACCACGCAAAUGAUUCCACAACCUGGUAGUCAACCAAUACAAGUUAAGCCCGCGCAACCUGGCACUACACCAGGCGUAGUUACGGGACCAGAUCAGAAACCAUCGCAAGUUAUUCUUCCACCAGGAGGUGGAUCAACUCCAGGCACUCUCCCAGGACCAGGCGGAAAACCAGUCCAGGUUGAACCGGCCAAACCGGGCACAACACCAGGUGCAAUAACAGACCCAUACGGUCACGUGUCAAAGAUUAUCUUGCCCACGGGCCCAGGAAACGCCCCUCAACCAAUGGGACCAGGAGGUGUUCCUCAACAACCAGGUCAACCACUAGGACCAGGUCAAACCACGCAAAUGAUUCCACAACCUGGUAGUCAACCAAUACAAGUUAAGCCCGCUCAACCUGGCACUACACCAGGCGUAGUUACGGGACCAGAUCAGAAACCAUCGCAAGUUAUUCUUCCACCAGGAGGUGGAUCAACUCCAGGCACUCUCCCAGGACCAGGCGGAAAACCAGUCCAAGUUGAACCGGCCAAACCGGGCACAACACCAGGUGCAAUAACAGACCCAUACGGUCACGUGUCAAAGAUUAUCUUGCCUACAGGCCCAGGAAACGCCCCGCAACCAAUGGGACCAGGAGGUGUUCCUCAACAACCAGGUCAACCACUAGGACCAGGUCAAACCACGCAAAUGAUUCCACAGCCUGGUGGUCAACCAAUACAAGUUAAGCCUGCACAACCUGGUACUACACCAGGUGUAGUCACAGGACCAGAUCAGAAACCAUCUGAAGUUUAUCUUCCACUAGGAGGAGAAUCAACUCCAGGAACUAUUCCAGGACCAGGCGGAAAACCAAUCCAGGUUGAGCCAGCCAAACCUGGCACAACACCAGGAGCAAUAACAGGUCAAGAUAAGCAAGUGCAUAAAUUAAUACUUCCUCAACCUACACCAGGUCCAAUGUAUGGACCACAACGACCCAAUGCACCAGAGUACACGACAGCAUUUAUACCACAGCCUGGCGGCCAACCCAUAAAAGUUGUUCCGUCACAACCUGGAACCACUCCGGGUGCCAUAACUGGACCUGACCGUAAAAUAUCUACUGUAGUUUUACCACCAGGAGGAGCCUCAACGCCUGGUAAUAUUCCUGGACCAGACGGGCAACCAAUAAAUGUUGAGCCAGCUGAACCGGGAACUACACCUGGAGCAAUAACCGGUCCAGAUAAUAAUGUACAUAGAUUGGUACUUCCUCACAUUACACAUGGUCCAAGGCCUAUGAAACCAUCACAGACUCCAGCUCCAGGAAAUGCUCCAAACUAUAAUCCUUCAGUACCCGGUCCUACUCCAAUGAGCACACCAUCACCUAUAAAUAUGCCAUCCGCUCAACAAGGUAACCCAGAAACUGGAACCAAACCAUUCGGAGCACCUAAAGGACAACCUUCAAGUGGUAGCAAAGCAACUGGACAAAAUCCACCUGGAUCUUCUCAGAAUAUUGGACCAUUACCUCCUCCUACACCUUUACCAAAUGCUCCAGUAAGUGGCCCACAAAGUCCAACAGGAACUACCCCACCGCAACCUGGAGGUGUUCCGACACAACCAGGCCAACCAAUGGGACCAGGAGGUGUUCCACAACAACCAGGUCAACCCAUGGGACAAGGCGGUUCUCCACAGCAACCAGGACAGCCAAUGGGACCAGGAGGUGUUCCACAGCAACCAGGACGACAAACAACUCCAGGAAGUGUUCCACAACAACCAAGCCAACCAAUGGGACCAGGAGGUGUCCCACAGCAACCAGGACAACGAACAACUCCAGGCGGCGCUCCACAGCAGCCAGGACAACCAAUGGGACCAGGAGGGUUUCCACAACAACCAGGACAACCCAUGGGACCAGGCGGAUCUCCACAGCAACCAGGACAGCCAAUGACACCAGGAGGUGUUCCACAGCAACCAGGACGACAAACAACACCAGGAGGGGUUCCACAACAGCCAGGCCAACAAAUGGGACCAGGAGGUGUUCCACAGCAGGCAGGACAACGAACAACUCCAGGCGGCGCUCCACAGCAGCCAGGACAACCAAUGGGACCAGGAGGGGUUCCACAACAACCAGGACAACCCAUGGGACCAGGCGGAUCUCCACAGCAACCAGGACAGCCAAUGACACCAGGAGGUGUUCCACAGCAACCAGGACGACCAACAACACCAGGAGGGGUUCCACAACAGCCAGGACAACAAAUGGGACCAGGAGGUGUUCCACAGCAGCCAGGACAACGAACAACUCCAGGCGGCGCUCCACAGCAGCCAGGACAACCAAUGGGACCAGGAGGUUUUCCACAACAACCAGGCCAACCAAUGGGACCAGGAGGUGUUCCACAGCAACCAGAACAACGAACAACUCCAGGCGGCGCACCACAGCAACCAGGACAAUCAAUGGCACCAGGAGGGGCUCCACAGAAGCCGGGAUCCCCAAUUGGACCAGGCGGUUCUCCACAGCAACCAGGAGAACCAAUGGGACCAGGAGGUAAUCCACAAGAACCAGGACAACCCAUGCGUCCCGGUAGUGUUCCACAGCAACCAGGACAACAAACAACACCAGCAAGCGGUCCACAGCAACCAGGUCAACCAAUGGGACCAGGAGGUAUUCCACAGCAACCAGGUAAACCAAUGGGACCAGGAGGUGCUCCACAACAACCAGGACAACCAAUGGGACCUGGAGGUGUUCCACAACAACCAGGACAACCAAUGGGACCAGGAGGUGUUCCACAACAACCAGGGCAGCAAAAAACUCCAGGAGGUGCUCCACAACAACCAGGACAACCAAUGGGACCAGUUCAAACCACGCAAAAGAUUCCACAGCCUGGUAGUCAACCGAUACAAGUUAAGCCCGCGCAACCUGGCACUACACCAGGUGUAGUUACGGGACCAGAUCAGAAACCAUCGCAAGUUAUCCUUCCACCAGGUGGUGGAUCGACUCCAGGAACUCUUCCAGGACCAGGUGGGAAACCAGUCCAGGUUGAACCGGCCAAACCGGGCACAACACCAGGGGCGAUAACAGACCCAUAUGGUCAAGUGUCAAAGAUUAUCUUGCCCACUGGCCCAGGAAACGCUCCUCAACCAAUGGGACCAGGAGGUGUUCCUCAACAACCAGGCCAACCACUAGGACCAGGUCAAACCACGCAAAUGAUUCCACAACCUGGAAGUCAACCAAUACAAAUUAAGCCCGCGCAACCUGGCACUACACCAGGCGUAGUUACGGGACCAGAUCAGAAACCAUCGCAAGUUAUCCUUCCACCAGGAGGUGGAUCAACUCCAGGCACUCUCCCAGGACCAGGCGGAAAACCAGUCCAGGUUGAACCGGCCAAACCGGGCACAACACCAGGCGCAAUAACAGACCCAUAUGGUCACGUGUCAAAGAUUAUCUUGCCAACUGGUCCAGGAAACGCCCCUCAACCAAUGGGACCAGGAGGUGUUCCUCAACAACCAGGUCAACCACUAGGACCAGGUCAAACCACGCAAAUGAUUCCACAACCUGGUAGUCAACCAAUACAAGUUAAGCCCGCGAAACCUGGCACUACACCAGGUGUAGUUACAGGACCAGAUCAGAAACCAUCGCAAGUUAUCCUUCCACCAGGUGGUGGAUCGACUCCAGGUACUCUUCCAGGACCAGGCGGAAAACCAGUCCAGGUUGAACCGGCCAAACCAGGCACUACUCCAGGGGCGAUAACAGAUCCAUAUGGUCAAGUGUCAAAGAUUAUCUUGCCCACUGGCCCAGGAAACGCUCCUCAACCAAUGGGACCAGGAGGUGUUCCUCAACAACCAGGCCAACCACUAGGACCAGGUCAAACCACGCAAAUGAUUCCACAACCUGGAAGUCAACCAAUACAAAUUAAGCCCGCGCAACCUGGCACUACACCAGGCGUAGUUACGGGACCAGAUCAGAAACCAUCGCAAGUUAUCCUUCCACCAGGAGGUGGAUCAACUCCAGGCACUCUCCCAGGACCAGGCGGAAAACCAGUCCAGGUUGAACCGGCCAAACCGGGCACAACACCAGGCGCAAUAACAGACCCAUAUGGUCACGUGUCAAAGAUUAUCUUGCCCACUGGCCCAGGAAACGCUCCUCAACCAAUGGGACCAGGAGGUGUUCCUCAACAACCAGGCCAACCACUAGGACCAGGUCAAACCACCCAAAUGAUUCCACAACCUGGUAGUCAACCAAUACAAGUUAAGCCCGCGCAACCUGGCACUACACCAGGUGUAGUUACGGGACCAGAUCAGAAACCAUCGCAAGUUAUCCUUCCACCAGGUGGUGGAUCGACUCCAGGUACUCUUCAAGGACCAGGCGGAAAACCAGUCCAGGUUGAACCGGCCAAACCGGGCACAACUCCAGGGGCGAUAACAGACCCAUAUGGCCAAGUGUCAAAGAUUAUCUUGCCCACUGGCCCAGGAAACGCUCCUCAACCAAUGGGACCAGGAGGUGUUCCUCAACAACCAGGUCAACCACUAGGACCAGGUCAAACCACGCAAAUGAUUCCACAACCUGGUAGUCAACCAAUACAAGUUAAGCCCGCGCAACCUGGCACUACACCAGGUGUAGUUACGGGACCAGAUCAGAAACCAUCACAAGUUAUCCUUCCACCAGGUGGUGGAUCGACUCCAGGAACUCUUCCAGGACCAGGCGGAAAACCAGUCCAGGUUGAACCGGCUAAACCGGGCACAACACCAGGGGCAAUAACUGACCCAUAUGGUCAAGUGUCAAAGAUUAUCUUGCCCACUAGCCCACGAAGUACUCCUCAACAAAUGGGACCAGGUGUUCCACAGCAACCAGGCCAACCAAUGGGACCAGGAGGUGCUCCACAACAACCAGGACAACCAAUGGGACCAGGCGGCGUACCACAACAACCAGGGCAGCCAAUGGGACCAGGAGGUAUUCCACAACAACCAGGACAACAAACAACCCCAGGAGGUGUUCCGCAACAACCAGGACAGCCUUUGGGACCAGGCGGUGCUCCACAAACACCAGGACAACCAAUGGGACCAGGAGGUGUUCCACAGCAAUCUGGACAACCAAUGGGACCUGGAGGUGUUCCACAACAACCAGGGCUACAAACAACUCCAGGAGGCGUUCCGCAACAACCAGGUCAGCCAACGGUACCAGGCGGGGCUCCUCAGCAACCAGGGCAACCUAUGGGACCAGGCGGUGCUCCACAGCAACCAGGACAGCCAAUGAGACCAGGAGGUGUUCCACAGCAACCUGGACAACCAAUGGGACCUGGAGGUGUACCACAGCAACCAGGACAACCAUUUGGUCCAGAUAAUGCUCCAAUGAAACCUGGUCAAACUCCAAAGCCCAUCGCACCUGUUUCUCCGCCGCAAGUUAUUCCACAGCCAGGUGGCCUGCCUAUUGAAAUACUUCCUGCUAUGCCAGGUACUACUCCAGGAGCGAUAACCGGACCAGAUCAUAAAAUAUCUCAAAUUAUUCUUCCACCAGGAGGAGGAUCAACUCCCGGUACUGUUCCAGGACCUGAAGGACGACCUAUUUAUGUAGAACCAGGAAAGCCAGGAAAUACACCUGGAGCAGUAACAGGCCCUGACCACCAAGUUACAAAAAUAGUGCUACCUGAUCACCCCGCAACUGCAAAUGCACCCUUACCCGGUCCUGGUUCUUCAUUCGUUGGCCCACCUUCACCAGGAGGAACAACUCCAGGAUACUUUAGUCCUCAAACAGUAACUCCAGCACCUAAUGCAGCAGCAUAUAAUCAACAAAACCCAUACAAUAUUGGACUAGGAUUCCCAGGAUUGCCAAAUAACCAGAACCUCUUCCAAUAUCUACCAAAUUUCGAAAAUAUAUUCAGACAAAUUGUCAAUAAAGGCAAUACAAGAAUACCAAACUUGAUUCAAGGUGUCAUGCAAGCCAAAGGUCAGUCGCCUGACACUUUCGACUUAAGAGAAUUUAUUAGGAAUUUGUCUGCAGUUUUUGGAGUUAUGCGUUAUGAAAACCCUAAUAUGUCAUAUAUAGAAAUGUACAUAGAACUUAUGUUUGAAACAUUAAUUGGUGCACUUGAAAUAAUUAGAGUUUCCGAUCCAUCUUGUAUAAUGCAACCACCCACACUCGGUGGAAUUCCGAAGUAUGUUAAUGCUUUCUAUGAUAUUCUAAUUUAAGCUGAACACACUAAAUAUCUUAUUCUCCAGUGCAGAAAUGUGCAGAACACAUCUUUUCUAGUUAACCAUACAGAUAUUACGGGUGUAAAAUUUUAAUAAACUCUGAAAAUGAAGAAGAUGUUGUAAUAAAUUACAAUUUACAAAAGUGUGAGUUUCUUUUCUUGGGAGUAUUUUUAAAAUUUUAUCAAUAUUAGUUAGUUUCACACAUUUCAAAUGAUCUGUAAAUGAUGUUUUUAAUUCAUAUUGUGGAGUAAAGCAUUUUGAAUUUUAGAAGUACAAUCUAGUAAAAUAAAAUCUAAACAGAUUUAGAACUACUUUACUUUCAAAUGUUUAUAUCAGCUUACUGUGCAAAUGUAGACCUAAUACUUGCGCAAUGUAGACGUGUGUAAAAUAUGCAAUUUUAAGCACUUAUUCUAACAAAUUUACUUUUUUAACAUAAAGCAACGUUUACAAAUCUACAAAAAAAAAUCUUCUUUUAGAAUAAUUUGGAAUUUUAAAAUUUAGUCAGAAAUUCCAAUGCAUUUCGUUACUACAGCACGAUUCAAUACUGUUUUACGAAAUUGUUUUUAAUUAUAAUCAACAAAGAAUCAAGAUAAUUUUCAUUAAUAAUUAUUUUAUAAAAGUUUACUAUUUUCACACAUUAUAAUCUUCAGAUUUUUUUCCUACUUAGAAUUAGUUAAUAAUAGCUCACGAUUUGAAGUGUAUGUUUUUGAGAAUGGUUUAUACAGAAAUCUAUGAUCCCGUCCGAUUUCUUAGCAACACAUUAAAUAAUUUUUUUUUUUUAAAAAAAGUCUUGUAAUUUAUUUUGACGAAAGAGAAUCUUUUGUUAAAAAUAAAUAGAAUAUUCAUAACAGUUUACAGAGUUAUUCCAAAAGAAGUAGCAGAUUUAAAAUAUUUAUUUUUAAAGAACUGCAACAGAUAAAGACAUGUCUGGUAUAUUAUUGGAUAGAGAAAAGUUUAAAGUUCCAUUUUAUGCAUUCGGAUAACACCGGUAUAAGCAGCGCUUUUGUUUGUAUACGAAACAUUUAGACGCCUCGGGAAAAAUUUCUUUGAGUGUUGUAGAUCACAAAGAAUGAAUCGAUUAUUGCAGUCCAGCAUGAAUUUCGUUGUAAAUUCAACAAAGAGCCACCGCUUCAUAAACAGUUUGCAGUUGGUGUAAGAAAUUCGUAGAAAAUGGCCGGCGCAUUGCAGUUGAAUGAUUAAAAAUAACUACAGUUGUAGUUCUUUUAAAAAUCAUAGCAUAUGCAAAAGAAAAGACAUUAGUCAUUUUCGUACAAACAAAUGAAAAUGUUGAGCGUAUACAAACUACUUUCAAAACUAUAAGUCCUAGGAAAUAUAAUCCUACCUGCAAGAAUAUAUAAAAGAAAACUUAUAUAUAAUACAGAUGCCUGAUAAUCUUCUGGAUCUCCAACAGUGAAUUGUUAAAGCAGAGAGCUCAAAAACCAUGCAGUAAUUACUUAAAAUAUUUCAAGAAAUGGACUUUCUAUUUGAUGGUUAUUGUAUAAAAAAAUGAAGUUCAUAUUGAAUGUAUAAAAUAAAACUCUGGCGAUUUUUUGCUAAUAAAUUAUGUAAUGCAUAUGUCUUUAUCUAUUGAUGCUUUUUAGAAAUAAAUAUUUUAAAUCUG